AUGAGUUCUGCUGUGGACUGUUGUAUUGAUGAAUGGGUACAGUCUGUACAUAGUUUAGUAAGUAAAGAUGGUGAAAGUAAAAACAAACUACGUUUAUAUCAGAAGUUUAAAUUUGACUAUGAGCACGAACAAUAUGUAAAUAUGGAAUUAGAUACAUUGUUGGGUGCGUUUGGCUUAACUGAACCUUCGUCCACAAACAGUACACAGUCUCAUUUGUGUCGUGCUAAUGAUACACAUGAGGACAGUGAAGAUGAAAUAGAGACCACAGAUAACAUUGACACCCACGUUAGCAGGUACUUAUCACAAGAAUCUGAGACUUAUCAAGUAGAUUCUGAAAAUGAUGAUCCACAGUUUGACUUAGAUAAACUGGACAGUGUUUAUGACAAGGGUUGUGGGUGUUCUAAGAACUGUUUCUUGCAGUUUUCUGUCGAAGAAAUUAGAUCAAACAUAUAUAAUUUGAGGGAAUUGACAAAAACAGAAAAGGAGCUGCUAAUUAUGGGAACAUUAAAAAAAAUCGGAAAUGACCAGAGAUGCAGAAGUGGUGAAAGGAAACGUGUACGCUAUGAAUACAUCUUUAAUGGUAUUAAGAUAUGUCAAGAUGCUUUUCUUGUAAUUUAUGACAUAGGUUUAUGGACAGUUAGAGCUCUCCUGAAACAUAUGAAAGAAAAAGGCGUUCAACCUCGAGUUCAUGGGAAUUUUGGUAGAAAAGCACCUAACGCGUUUUCGCAUGAAACCAUUAAAGAUGCAGUGCAGUUUCUCCUGAAUUAUGCUAGUGAGGAAGGGCUUCCACAGCCAGCAGCUCCACGUGGCCGGGGAGAAAAAGCACCAGUCUACCUUCCUUCAAAAAAUACUAAGCAGUCCAUUCAUCAAGAAUAUGUUACAGCAUGCAGUCAAAUUGAAAAGCAAUAUGUUGGCCUGUCUACUUUUAAAGAUCUAUGGAAAAGAUGCGUUCCUCACAUUAAAAUAGCUGCUCCAAAAGAUGACGUAUGCAAAACUUGUGAGGAUUUUCGCCAAGAUAUACAGCUAGCAAGAACAGAAGAUGAAAAACUGUCUGCCACAGAGAAAUAUCAUAAUCAUGUAUUACAAGCUAGGAAAGAAAGAGAAAUAUACCGGGAGUGUGUUGAAAGAUCAACAAACAUGUUUGAGAGAUUAAGGCGACAAGACGAAAGAAGUGGAGACAACUUUUCAUGCAACGACGUACACUACACGUUCGAUUUCUCACAAUAUGUCAAAUUACCCCACCACACCAGAGAAAAAGGCCCGACAUACUUUAUUCAACCCAGAAAAAUCCAGAUCUUUGGAUACAGAGUGGAUGGAGACAAACAGUACAACUUCCUUAUUGAUGAGAAUGAGACAAUAGGACGUGAUGGCCAGUUGGUACAUGGACCUGACGCUGUAAUAUCUAUGUUAGACCAUGCAUUUGCCAACUACAGUUUGGGUGAAAAUGAGUGUAGCUUGCAUGCAGACAACUGCUUUGGUCAAAACAAGAACCGUUACGUCCUCGGUUACCUGUCUUGGAGAAUUAUGACGCAGCGUCACCAGAAAAUCACGUACAUGAUGCAACUUCCUGGACACACAAGGUGUUUGAUCGAUGCAGGAUUUGGGAACAUUAAGACACUGUACCGAAGGAAGGAUUGUGACACAUUACAACAUAUAGCUGAAGUCGUUAGCAACAGUUCCCAUAGUAACCAGCCUGUUACCUAUGACGGAGGAAGUGGAUGGGUUUGGAGGGCAUGGAAAACUUUCAUUGGUGAUAGAUUUAAGAAAGUGCCAAAUGUCGCAAAAUAUCACUUCUUCCGUUUUAGUUCUGAGGAGCCAGGGGUUGUGUACAUGAGGCAGUCAGCUGUUGACGAAAACGAGGUGCGCUUCGUUAUUUGCAAAACGCACCUGUUGGAGAUGGCCAGAGAUGACGUCCCGUCUCAGAUAGUUCCUCCCGGCCUUUCUGCUGAACGUGUGCGUUACCUGUACCGGCACGUGCGUCCUCUAGUCAGACGACCAUUUCAGGAUGUUUUAUGCCCUGCUCCAGAAGAGUCGUAAAGUGUUCGGACUGUUUAGUUUAGUUUUAUAAAUGACCGUUAUAAAUGACAAUUAAGUAAACAUGUGUUAUUUUAUGUCGUUAUGAAUGAGGCAUUUAGAUCAUCAAAUUAAAUAAAGUCAAAAGGUU